UUUAUUGCAGUGAUCGUUCUAGCAGUUGUCUUAGGCUUAACAGCAGUCCGGAGAGAAGUGUGCAGAUCCUGGCUACAAUACUCUGAUAGAAGUCUUCAAACUACACAUAAAGUGAAUAGCAUAAAAUAUCAUAAGAUGAAGAGAACUAAUUUCACGUAUGAUAACUCAAGAGCCGUUGCUUGUGUCAAUUUCAAAGGGGGAUUAGGAAAUUUGAUGUGGCAAUAUGCUUUUCUGUACGUCUUAGCUAAAACCAAAGGCCUCUAUCCGAUCAUUCCUGUAAAUUUCAAACUUCUAGAUGUGUUCAACGUUCAGCCUACGACGAUCCAGAAAACCCCAAAGCGUUAUAAGACGUGUUCACAGCUACCGAGGCAUGGAGAACGGUGGGGCCUAUCGUAUGACGAGGACUUGGUCAAAGUCCCAUCACAUACGAACGUAAAAUACGACGGUUACUUCCAGUCGUGGAAAUACUGGAUAAAAUUUGAAGAUGAAAUCCGAGAUAUUUUUCAAUUUAAUGACUCCAUGAAGGAGUCAGCUUCUUCCCAGUUUGGAGAUAUUUUACAAGAGAUGAAUUUUGACAGGAAAGGGGUUGUAGUAGGCGUUCAUGUCCGACGAGGAGAUUACGCCACAAAAGGGCACAAGAAAUACGGGAAAUUAACUCCCAAUGCAACCUAUUAUAAGAACGCCAUAACAUACUUCAGGAAGAGAUUUCAAAAUGUUUUAUUUAUUUUAAGUUCUGAUGAAAUUUGGUGGCCAAUAAAAGUGUUGGAAUCGGAAACCGAUAUUUAUUACGUUCGAGGAAAUUCGGCCGCUGAGGAUAUGGCCUUGUUAUCCCUGGCGAAUCACACCAUCAUGUCUGUCGGAACUUACGGUUGGUGGAUUGGUUGGAUAACAAGAGGAAUAACUGUGUAUUAUAAGCAUAUAUUUGUUCCGGGCUCAGAAUUUGCUAAAGAGUUUAGAAAUAAUUCCAUCGAAGAUUUUAUAUAUCCUGGUUGGAUAGGAAUGGAAUAAAAUAAACAUAAUUUAAUUUUCUGACAUAAAUUUCGGUAACUGGUUGUUCAUUCAUAAACAAUAUGAUAUAAUGAAUAUGAGGAGUAGUAGGUGAUACAAAGUCUGUAGUUGAUGUUCUAAUAAGAUAUCUUCAUCUGGUGACAUCUCACAAGUUAC